AGGUUACCCGUGGGAGGCCCGGGUAUCCUGGGCGAUUCCGCCUACCAGGCGGUUUGUCGAGUCCAGGGCCGCUCCCUGGCACGGAGAGCGCGUCGGUUCUCCGUACCUGGUCAGCGCUCUCUGGGCCUUGGCUUCUACUGAAUGAACGCCGGAAAUGGGGAGCUGGCAUAACCCUGAAACGCGGGUGAAUGCGCGCGAAUCGGCCGACCCAGUCGGGAAAGAGCUAGCUGAAUUUAGGCUGUUUCAGGUGCUCGAGUCUCAGAAGGUAGAUUUCUGCUCCGCAGAGUGAUUCUCUUCUGAGCCCAUUGGUGCUCAGUUGCCUCCAGACCUGCGACCCUUAAGCAGACAAGAAAAUCGCACAAAGGAAAUGCUGUUUCUUCAUUUGCUCCCUGAGGCGUCCAGUUGCAACCUAUGGAGAACCAAUUCAAUUAUGAAUCUCAAGAACAUCACUCUGUGUCCGAGGCUGUUUCAGGUGCUCGAGUCUCAGAAGGUAGAUUUCUGCUCCGCAGAGUGAUUCUCUUCUGAGCCCAUUGGUGCUCAGUUGCCUCCAGACCUGCGACCCUUAAGCAGACAAGAAAAUCGCACAAAGGAAAUGCUGUUUCUUCAUUUGCUCCCUGAGGCGUCCAGUUGCAACCUAUGGAGAACCAAUUCAAUUAUGAAUCUCAAGAACAUCACUCUGUGUCCGAUGGAGAACCAGCAUUAGAAGAAGAAAUUACAGCAAAAAUUGAAUCAUUUUCAGAAGAAUUUGGCAACUCCAGAGAGGAUGUUCUGCAGGAUUCUGAAGGCAGAGAAUUCUAUAAAUUUGGGGAUAAAUCAAAUGAAAAGGAUCAGAACCUCUUUAAAAAAAGACAACAUAACUGCGAUGAAUGUGGCCAAAGCUUUACUUGUAGCACAGGCCUUAUUCGGCACCAAAGAACCCACUGGGCGAAACCAUAUGAAUGUGAUAAAUGUGGAAAGGCCUUUAGAAUGAGCUCGGCCCUCGUUCUGCAUCAAAGAAUUCAUACUGGGGAAAAACCCUAUCCUUGUAAUUGGUGUGUUAAAAGUUUCAGUCGGAGCUCAGACCUUAUUAAACAUCAAAGAGUCCACACUGGUGAAAAACCUUAUAAGUGUGAUGAAUGUGGGAAAGCCUUCAGUCAGAGCUCAGAUCUUAUUAUUCACCAGAGGAUCCAUACAGGAGAAAAACCCUAUCAGUGCAGUCACUGUAGUAAAAGUUUUAGCCAGCGCUCAGACCUGGUUAAGCAUCAGAGAAUCCACACUGGAGAGAAGCCUUAUACAUGUAACCAGUGUAACAAACAUUUUAGUCAGAGUUCUGAUGUUAUAAAACAUCAAAGAAUUCACACUGGGGAGAAACCAUAUAAGUGUGAUGUGUGUGGGAAAGCCUUUAGUCAGAGCUCAGAUCUCAUUCUGCAUCAGAGAAUCCACACUGGGGAGAAGCCAUAUCCAUGUAAUCAGUGUAGCAAAAGUUUUAGUCAAAACUCAGACCUUAUUAAACAUCGAAGGAUCCAUACUGGAGAGAAACCCUAUAAAUGUAAUGAAUGUGGAAAGGCCUUUAAUCAGAGCUCUGUUCUUAUUCUCCAUCAAAGAAUUCAUACUGGAGAGAAACCCUAUCCAUGUAAUCAAUGUAGCAAAACCUUCAGUAGGCUUUCAGAUCUUAUUAAUCACCAACGGAUUCACACUGGAGAGAAACCUUACCCUUGCAAUCAGUGUGAUAAGAUGUUUAGUCGAAGGUCUGAUCUUGUGAAACAUCACAGAAUUCAUACAGGUGAAAAACCCUAUGAGUGUGAGGAAUGUGGGAAAACGUUUAGUCAGAGCUCUAACCUUAUUCUACAUCAGAGAAUCCACACUGGAGAAAAACCUUACCCAUGUACUGAUUGUACUAAAAGUUUUAGUCGACGUUCAGAUCUCAUAAAGCAUCAGAGAAUACACACUGGAGAAAAACCAUAUGUGUGUAAUCUGUGCAAUAAAAGUUUCAGUCAAAGUUCAGACCUCACUAAACAUCAAAGAGUGCACUCUGGUGAAAAGCCCUAUCAUUGUGAUAGUUGUGAGAAAGCCUUCAGUCAGAGUUCUGACCUUAUUCUUCAUCAGAGAAUUCACACUGGAGAAAAACCAUAUCCAUGCACAUGGUGCAACAGAAGUUUCAGUCAAAACUCAGACCUUACCAAACACCAGAGAAUCCACACUGGGGAAAAGCCAUAUAAAUGUAAUGAGUGUGGGAAGGCUUUUAGUCAGUGCUCAGCUCUUAUCUUGCAUCAGAGAAUCCAUACUGGGGAGAAACCAUAUUCAUGUGAACAUUGUGGCAAAAACUUUAGUCGGCGCUCUGAUCUCACUAAUCAUCAAAGAAUCCACACUAGUGAAAAGCCAUAUAAAUGUGAUGUAUGUGGGAAAACCUUCAGCACAGACACAGGUUUUACUGAACACCAGAGAAUCCACACUAGGGAAAAGUGCUACCAGUGUGUUCAGUGCAGAAGAAGUUUUAACCAACUCUCUGAUAUUAUUAAUCAUGAAAAACUACAUUCUGGGGAAGACAGUUUAAAUGGGAUGAGUGUGGAAGAAACUUUAGCACAUACACCAACUUUAUUCAGUACUAGAGAUACUAUGCCAGAACAACAAUCCUAUGAAUGCUAUUGAUGGAUAUGAAAGGUUUUAAUCAAUGUUCAACAGUUACGGUACAUUAUUUUAAAAAGCUAUGAGCAAAAAAAAAACUAGUUCAAUUCUUAUAGUGAAAAUUUAGCUCAGAUCUCAGUCACUACUAAAAUUAAAAUUUUGAAGGAGUAGUUCUUGGAGUUGUGGAAAACCUUCAAUGUGAGUACUUUUGCAGAAUGUCAGUAAUCAACAAUAAAAAUAAAUUCCUAUGUAAUACAAUUUAAGAAAACCUCCAGUCUUUUAUUAAGAUAUAAUCCACAAGAGAGUUGUACCUUUGUAAAAAAAAAUGCUUAAUAACAUUAAUGUAGGAUAUAUGUAUUUUAAAAAUUAGUGUGGAGAGGUAUUCAAUCAAAACUCAAGGAAAUGAAUUAGUUUUAGAAUCUUAAAGCUUUAGUAAGUCCAAAUUUCUAUCUGUUUAUCAGCAGUUAUUUUAGAGAAUGGGGUAAAAACUUAAAUCUCCGUAUCUUAAUCAGUAUAAUGAUUGAACAUGUAUCCCCUGACAACCAGAGUCCUAUCUUUGAUGAUGCUACUCUAUCUGUGUAUAAAAUUUUUAUGUGUAAACAUACUAUGCCAUUCUGGUAUUAAACUUACAAGGUAA